AUGACAUCGAGUCUUAAUAUUUAUGCUAUUGCUGCGAUUACAUUUUUACAAUCGUUGUGUGGUUCCAUUCUUUCUGUUGUUGGACAAUAUAUUUAUGCAUUCUAUCUAAAAAAUGAUCCAUUUAUAUCCAAUAUGACAUUAACAAUGCCGAAUAAUACUUCGCAAUCAUCUAUUUUACAUACAAUGAACAAUAAUAUGACAUGUGGAAACGAUUCAAAUACAACGACAAGUCAAGCGCAAAUGUGGGCACAACAACGUUCGGCCGAUCUAUUCUUUUGGAUUGAUCUAUCGAAUGGUAUUCCGGUGAUUAUCAUGACAUAUAUACUUGGUUUGUAUACACCAAAAUCAGGCGUACGUGUUGUAGCUCUACUUCCGAUGUUGAGUACUGUUAUUCAAUUGGCCAUUUGGCUAGCACUUAUCUAUUUUCAUCUUCUUGAAUAUUGGUGGAUUAUUUCUUCUAUUAUCCUUGGUCUAACGGGUUCAAUUGGACUUCUUAAUCUUGUACUGAUGUUGAUUAUUAUUGAAGGUACAAUCGAAAGUAAACGUUCAUCUCGUAUUGUUCUUAUCGUCAGCAUAACAACAAGUGUGGAAGCUGGUGCAUCCUUCGUAAUUGGUUAUUACAUUGCAUGGCGUGGUUUUAUUGAUCUGUUUUGGGCAGCUUUGAUAUUACAAUUACUAUCAAUUAUCAUUACUAUUAUCUACAUUAAACCAUCUCAUGUUAAACUUCAGACUAGAGAAAUAUCCGAAAGUACAACAUCUCUUUUAACUGAAUCACAAGAUGAUAUAGAGACAUCGCCGUCAGGAUGGGCUCAUCUUUUCGAAGUAUUUACUGUAUUUUCAUUUAAACAUCGAUCGAAAAAGAAAUCUAUCAGUAUCUAUCUGACAAUGGUCUCGUAUGCGUUCUAUUUAUUCAUAGAUUCAUCAUCAGCAGCAUUUCUUUGGUAUCUUUUAAAUGUUCCAUUUUAUUGGUCAUCUUCUGAGAUUGGAAAUUAUACAGCUGUUUCUGCUAUCACUUCUGCUAUCACUUCUGCUAUCACUUCUGCUGUUUUCACUCUACUCGGUAUGCGAAUAUUAACAUGUAUUGGUGUUAGUGAUCCAUUUAUUUGUGCCAUUAGUUAUAUCUGUUUAUCUGCAUCGACUGUUUGGAUAGCAUUUGCUCAACACAAUUGGCAAAUGUAUGCCGCAUUGGCUAUUAGUUCAUUUUCUACCUAUCAAGAAUCUUUAACAUGGUCAAUGUUAUCAAAAUGGUUAGAACCACAUGAACGAAGUAGUGCAUUUACAUUUUUUACCGAACUUAAUGUAGUCAUGUAUGCUUUGGGUAGUUCAUUCUUCAAUUGGUUCUAUGCUCGUAUAGUAGUCUAUUAUAGGGGAACUACCUUAUUAUUUGCUGCUAGUCUAGCUAUUAUACCAUUUAUUCUUAAUAUAUGUCUCUUAUUAGUUACUCGCUAUAUGACCGACGAUGGUUACGUUCAAGUAUCAAUAUUGGAAGUUGAUAUUGAAACAACAUCAUCUAAUUUGCCAACUCUUGUUCUACCAGAAACCGAUAGUGAUAUUAUUGAUCUUUCCAAUCCAUCAUCGCCUCUGCUAAUAUAG